CCGGUCAUUGUGUGACGUCGUAUCCGGAUAAAUUUAAGCUAGCUAAUGUUUCCCGGAAUAUAAAGACUGUAAAUGAACUGCUGGGAGCUUUAAGAUUGUUUUUGACUCAUUUGGGUCGAUGCAAGGAAGAGUAACCUGCAGUUUUGUGGCGACUUCAUUCAGCUCGUCGUCUGUACCUCGCCAACUAUUGAGCUAUAGUUGUAUAUAUAUGUGUGACAGCAGGAGCGGCUCAUUGUUAGCCUCACUGUAGCCAUGCUCUCACACUUUCACUUGUCUUCUGGGUUACGACUCUCCAGCUGCAGCGACCACAGCUAAGCGUAUUUAUCCAGUAUUCAUGUUCUCUUUAUUUGCCCUUUAGUGUUUAUUGGACCUUUACUUGUCUGUAACAGCGGUGGUCUGCUUGUUUUAACACGUACAAGUCGCUUAACGUUAGUUAGCAAGCCAACCAGCCGGCUAACUUUGAGGAAACAUCUCUUCUUUAUGACAUUUAACCGGAUGUUGACGUUGUUGUGACCUGGACAGUCAACUCCAGGAGGCUUUGUGUCGUGGUGGUCUGCUGCUAACGUUGUUCAAGAACCAGGAGCUUUCAUUUCUGGUGGUUUUGUGGUCAUUUUGCUCUGCCACGAUGGCUUCUUCCUCUGGAAAUGACGACGACCUGACCAUCCCCAGAGCAGCCAUCAACAAGAUGAUUAAAGAGACUCUCCCUAACGUGAGGGUGGCCAACGACGCCAGGGAGCUGGUGGUGAACUGCUGCACCGAGUUCAUCCACCUCAUCUCCUCAGAGGCCAAUGAAAUAUGCAACAAGUCCGACAAGAAGACCAUCUCCCCUGAGCAUGUCAUCAAUGCCCUAGAGAGCCUGGGUUUCGCUUCAUACAUCACGGAGGUGAAAGACGUCCUGCAGGAGUGUAAAACAGUAGCCCUGAAGAGGAGGAAGGCCAGCUCUCGACUGGAGAACCUGGGUAUCCCCGAGGAAGAGCUCCUCAGACAACAACAGGAAUUGUUUGCCAAGGCGCGGCAGCAGCAGGCAGAGCUCGCCCAGCAAGAGUGGUUACAGAUGCAGCAGGCUGCCCAACAGGCACAGAUGGCGGCAGCAUCUGCCAGCGCCGCCCAGCAGGCCGGUUCCUCUCAGGAUGAAGACGAAGAGGAAGACAUGUGAUCCCAGGACGCCGUUUCCACUUGUCCGAAUCCCUUCCUUGGGACAGCGUUGGCACACAAACCUCCCGGCGCUGUCAUCGGCAGAGACAUGAGGCGGCCUUGACCGCCGGUAUACAUCAGUGUAACAUGGAGCGUGAACAUUGGAAUGGACACUGAAGAGAAAGACAAAGGGGGAUUUCAAGAUAGCCACACGUUCAGACACCAGUAUCUGAAAAUGAUUUGGAUUCAGAGGCUGUUAAUGAAGUUUUUGUCUCAUCUUCCCCCCUUCCCCCCCACCCCCCCAAUUAUGUCUUGAUAUUAUGUUGUGAGUAAUUGUAGCUUUCUGGAUGUGUUGUGGACGCUGAAGGCAGACACUGCCCGGGAUAUGUCAGUGAAUUUUGUGAUAAUGCAGCAAGUGUUCGCUCCUUCAGGUACUGCACCAGAUAGCUUACCUAUGUUAUCCGUUGUACUAGAUCACUUUUGGUGGUUUAGGGGAACUGCUUAAGAAUAAUUUCAGAGCAGUCGAUUUCUCCUUUCUUGUGGUUUUGAUGGUCAGUUUUACAGAAAGGGUUUUCUCUACCCCCUCUUGGUAUAUUUGUUCAACAGAGGAUCAUUUGAGGGGUUGUGAAUAUAGGAUUUUUUUUGUUAAGUAGAGAAAUAAAUGGAAAUUUCUUAGUUAAUUUUAGCUCAUUCGGAUGCUUUAUGUUGUAUUUCCUUUCUACCUUAAAACAACCACAGUAUUGCUAAUUAGCUACACCUUUCAGAAACUGUAUAUUUUUGUCUCAUAGAACCAAAGAUAGAGGACAGGACAGACUAACAGCCCAGAGUUAGUGUUUUUUAAAGGUGUAGGUGCUACAGUGAUUCUCGUUGCUGACUCCAGGUCGGUGUAAACAACGUUAUGGAUUAUUAACCUAUGACUUUGUAAGAUAUCUUUGAUAUCCAGGCAGAAUUUGUUAUUUCCCUUCUCUUCGGGUGCAGUAUCAAAUAUUCGCAUUGUGACUGUGGUCAAUCCUCAGCGUGAAGACAAGUAACCUAGUUGUGAUACACAUUCACUCACCUAUGCUACAAAGUUGUAUUCUUUAAGCAAUAAAGGAAUCAUGUUUUAUAGACAAA